GAAGGAUUAAAAAAAAUGAGAAUUGGAUUGAAGUGGGCAACAAAGCAACUUCAAUUCAUAUCUUCUAAUGGAACCAAAUCACAAUUUUUCCUAUCAGCUGCUUCUCUCCUCCUUACCCGCUCUUACUCUAACGAAAUGGAAUCGCAGCUGUCCCCUGACCUUGUUAGAAUUAUGGAACGGAGGCUAUCUGCUAUUGAGCAUAGGAGUGUUUAUCUUACCAAUUUCAUAAACAAGCUAGAAGCCUCGCCUGCAGAGUAUUCGAGGGCUAAUAAAGAGUUGCGCAAACUUAGGAGUUCCGUUGAUCUUAUAUCUGAAUUGAGGUCGGCACAGAAGGAGAUAGAUGGAUUAAGGUCACUGAUGGCUGAAUGUCCGGAAGAUAAAGACAUGAUGGACAUGGCAAAUGAGGAUUUGAGUAGGGCCAUGGAAAUAGAGAAAAGGCUUCAAAACAUGUUGUUGAAGUCAUUACUUCCAAAAGACGAUGCGGAUGAGAGGGGUUCUAUUCUGGAAGUAAGAGCAGGAACUGGAGGAGAAGAGGCUUCUUUAUUUGCCAUGGAUAUAUUUAAAAUGUAUGAGAGAUACUCACAGAAGAAAGGCUGGAAAUUUGAAGUGGUUGAUAUAACAGCAUCAGACUUGAAAGGAUACAAGGAAGCUAGUGCUGCAAUUUCAGGAAAUGUUGUUUUUGGAAAACUUAAAUUUGAGAGUGGAAUCCACAGAGUUCAGCGCGUUCCUGUGACAGAGAAAUCUGGACGUAUUCACACUAGUGCCGUGUCUGUUGCUAUCCUUCCGCAAGCAGAUGAGGUCGAUGUUCAGUUGAGGAAUGAGGAUUUGAGAAUUGACACUUACAGAUCAGGCGGUUCAGGUGGGCAGCAUGCAAAUACAACCAAUAGUGCUGUUAGAGCAACUCAUAUACCAACUGGGAUUACUGUGUCCAUACAAGAUGAAAGAUCCCAACAUAUGAACAAAGCAAAAGCUCUUAAGGUGCUGUGUGCAAAGCUGUAUGAAAUAGAAAGGUCAAGAAUUCAGACCAGUCGAUCAAAGCUUCGAUUGGAACAGAUUGGAAGCGGAGACAGAUCAGAACGCAUCCGGACUUACAAUUUUCCUCAAGGGCGUGUCACAGAUCAUCGUGUUGGCAUCACUCAUCAUGCAAUUGACGAUAUUAUGCAGGGAGAGAGUCUAGAUGUCUUUAUUGACGCCCUUCUUCUCCAGCAAGAAAUGGAGGCAAUUGCAUCAUUCAGUUUGGCAGAUUAAACAAUAGUCCGGUUCUCCUUUUGACCCAGUUAUUAUUAUACCAUUAUUUUGUCGAAAUACUAAUGCUGCUUAAAUCAAGUUCAGAUGAAAUUCAAGUCGAUGAUAGUGCUAUUUGAAAUGUUGAACUCAGUAACUUAUAAAUUAAUAGCUCAAUUUGAUGAUAUAGCAUAUGCUUACUGAAAUAA